AUAAUUGAAGAACAAAAAAAUAUAUCAAUACAAAAUGCACAGCUAACAAAGCUGAAACGUCAUGUUGAAGCUCAAUCAAGGCUAGCAGCAAAAAAACAGAAAUUGCUAGAAGAGGGUAUUGUAAAAAAAUAUAAUACUCCAGAAAAACCAUCU